UGAACACGUGGGUUGAAGGAGGAAGUAUACUUUCUAAAUGGAACUUGACCUCAACGGCACGAAAUAGCUGCUGCUGGUGAAAUGUGUACUGUAGUAGUGUUGUUGUAAGUUAUUAAAUGUAUGAGAAGUAGAUGUACUCGUUGCUCUAAUGGAUCCUAAUCUGCUGUAUUGGAAAAGCCAGGGACAGUCUGUCCUCAGUCGACUACAGAUCUGGGUUAAUCUUCUUGAUCCCACUCACCUGCUUUCCUCUGAUGCUGAAAUACAGGAGGCCCGCAGUCUUCUUGGAGGUGGAGAGAACCUAAAUAUAAAGGAUGGACAAGCACUGGCCCUCUCACUUUCGUCUGUCCACGCUGAUUCUGGUGCUGUUCUUCCACUAGUUUUCCGCCCCGCAGCAUUAUUGCCAAUAUCAGCACCUCUGGUGGUUGCCAGCUUUUUGCCACACAGCAGUGUCAAACACGCUCUGUUUUGGCAGUUUUUGUUGCAGAGUUACAGUGCUGGGUUCAACCAUGCAAAUAGAAAUUCUUCAUCAGAGCAGAGUAAGAUGCGGUCUUUGAAGCAGCUUCUGUUGAUCGCUGGAGCAGUUUCCUAUGCAACAUGUGCAGGGGCCCUUCCUCAAAUCGUCAUUAACCGUCUUGGUGUAAGAAGCGCACCAAUCCAGACCUUCUUUAGGUCGAUAUUACCAAUCCCACUGUCAGCUGCUCUGGCCGCCUUCAAUGUGUUAAUCGUCAGAAGCGAGGAGUCAGAAACGGGGAUCCAAGUGUUUGACUCCAACGGAAAUCCCGUCGGCCUCUCUAAAGCAGCGGGAGAAAAGGCCGUGAGGGAAACUGCACUGUCAAGGGCGGCGCUGUUUGGUACAACCGCUGCUGUUCCUAAUCUCCUGGUGUUGCUCAUAAAGAGAACAAGACUUUUCCAGAAGAACUCUCUGCUGGCCGCUCCUCUCCGUCACAUAAGUGUUGCGUUUGUUCUGGGCUUGAUGAUCCCGGUCUCGUUCAGUCUCUUUCCACAGCUGGGAACGAUAAGGACGGAAAACGUGGAGGAGCAGCUGCAGGCUGCAGCGGACAGCAGACAGUUAUACUACCAUAGAGGACUCUGAGGAGCUGUUUUACAACGUAUGUUGCCAUUACCGGACAGCAUGACAAUAAAUGUUUCUUU